AAACUCUAGCUUCCACGCAUUUUUGUGUUCACUUUACAUCUGUAAACAUUAUUUCCAGAAAGCCAGCUGUAUAAUCUAUUAUUUUAUCUUCCCGAUCUAAAGUUGAAAUGGUAUGAAUGAUUACUACGAUGUCAACAUGGAGCUACUUAAUAUUCGUUUUGAUACUGAUAAAGGAGAAUUAAACUAAGAAAAUAAAGAUGUUUUACAAACAUAUUCUUCAAUUUUGGAUGUUUCUUCUGUGUGUUCUGCAAGUAAAAAGCUAUACCGUUACAAUGCCUCUUGAUACAAAGAGUGGAUUCUGCAAUUCAUUUAGAUUUGGGAAAAUUCCGGUUGGUAGAGUGAUUUACAACUUUGAAAGUUGCGAGGUUACUGUUUGUGAUGUCGGACACGCUGAUGUGUACGGGUGCAACAGUAAAUUUGAUCCAAAUAGAUGUACAGUAAUAAAAGAGCCCGGAUUAGGUGCAUUUCCUGAUUGCUGUAGAGAUUUUAUAUGUACAGGUGAUAAUGCGUUUAUUUUAUAGGAAACAGUUCAAACAAUUUCUUGAGAAUUUCAUCAGAAGUACUUAGUCUGUAACCUUGUGACUGAAGAAUUGAAAUGAAACGCAAGACAUUUCAUAAUUAGCUAUUCAUCAUAAUCUAUUCAAUAUUCUAUAUGGAAGCUAUGCAAUAUUCAUUGGCAUUUAGUUGUAGAAGUAAUCCAAUGUGCGAAAGUGUCAUAUAUUCACAAUAAAAAUUAACUACUUGAUUUUUA